AUGGAGAAGACACCUUUGUUGCGACAACAGGAGACUCGAAAGCAUUGCAUUGGCCGGUUAUCUUCAUCAUCUAUCACCCGUCUGGACGUCUCGACUCCAUCAUCGUGGGCAUGUUGGAAGCCACCACAAUACGAGGAUAUAUUCCUUGGCCGUACCAUCCGUGGGUACACGUUCCAGAGUGUAAUUAAGUCAGGAGGAACCGCCACCGUAUAUAAGGUGGAGAAAAAUGGGCGGACAUACGCAGCGAAAGUCUCGCUCCCAAAUCAACUCCACUCGGAAACAAUAUCCAAGGCAUGGGCUACAGAAUUUAGCAUUAUGAGUCCGUUGAAGCACAAAAAUAUCAUUGGAGUUUAUGACCUGUUUCCCCUUCAUGGACUCCAUGUGAUCAUGAUGGAGUAUUUCGAUGGCUGCGAUUUGGCCGACUUCAUUGCCUGGAACAACACAUUCCAGAGACAACGAGCUUUGAAAAAGAUCGCGAGGCAACUUGUUAAAGCCAUCAAAUACUUCCAUAAGUAUUAUAACAUUGCUCAUCGGGAUAUCAAGCCGGCUAAUGUACUGAUCGGAAAAGAUUUGAAAGUCAAAAUAAUCGACUUUGGGGGCGCGAUGAAGCUGAGACCGGAAGAUACAUUGCUGGACCGGAAGCCGACUAUAAGCACUGCGCAGUACACCCCACCAGAGGUACACGCAAGGGAACGGCGUUCAUCAGGCGACAUCUGCAUGAAAGCUUUUGACAUAUGGAGCGGUAGGAGUGUUCUUAUAUGA